AUGUCAAAAAACUCUCCAUCUGAACCAAAUCAAUGGGAUGAAAAACGUAUUGAAUCAAGACAACAAUAUCUUCCAAAAAGAGAGUUCCAAAAAUUAAGAGAAAUAAGAGAUGAAAUUGAAGAUGAAAAAGAAAUGUUCAAUGAAAAUGAAUUAACAGAAACAGAAAAGAAAGAAUUACAAAGAAAAAUAGAUAUUUAUAAUUUAGCUAAACAACGCAUUGCCUUAGAACAAAUUAAUGAGCCUCAAUAUAAUAUUCCUAAAGCAGGUAGUGUUAUAGAAGAGAAACCAAUUUAUGAUAAUUAUAAAGAUGAAGAUAAUGAACAAUGGAUGAAUACUCAAAAGAAAGCUAUUUUUAUUGGUAAAAGUAUAGAUGAACGAAGUAAAAUAGAUGAUGGUUCUUUUGAAAAAAUGAUACUUCAAGAAGAUGAAGAUUCUCUCGAACGGGAAAUAUUAGAAUUACGAGCAAAAGAAUUAGAAGAAAUCCCUUCAAAAAGAACAAAACAAGAUGAAAUGAAUGAAAUUAGAAAAUCUUUACCUGUAUAUCAAAAACGUGAAGAAUUUUUAAAAUUAGUAAGAAAUAACCAAAUUGUUAUUAUUGCAGGAGAAACAGGCAGCGGUAAAACAACACAAUUACCUCAAUAUUUAUAUGAAGAUGGAUAUUGUAAAAAAGGAAAAAUAGGAGUUACACAACCAAGAAGAGUUGCUUGUAUGAGUAUUGCAAGAAGAGUUUCCGAAGAGGUUGGAACUCGAUUAGGAGGAAUGGUUGGAUAUACAGUUCGAUUUGAAGAUGUUACAUCUGAUAGAACAUUAAUUCAGUAUAUGACAGAUGGAAUGUUAUUAAGAGGAUUUUUGAAUCAACCAGAUUUAUCUGAUUAUAGUUGUAUAAUGAUAGAUGAAGCACAUGAAAGAACAAUAGCAACAGAUUUGUUAUUUGGAUUAUUAAAAGAUAUUAUUAGAUUUAGGUCAGACUUAAAAUUGAUUAUAGCAUCAGCCACUUUAGAAACUCAAAAAUUUUCUGAGUAUUUUGAUAAUGCACCAGUAUUUAUUAUUCCAGGAAGAAGAUUUCCUGUCACAAUUGAAUAUUUAACAGAGCCUGAACCUGAUCCAUUAGUUGCUGCUGUAAAUAGAACUAUUCAAAUUCAUACAACAAUGCCAAAAGGUGAUAUUUUAAUAUUUCUUACAGGACAAGAAGAAGUUGAUGAGUGUGCUGAAGCAAUUAAAGAAAGGACAAGAGGAUAUGGUACAAAAAUGGAUGAAUUGAUCAUUACAAGAAUUUAUGCUGCAUUACCUAGUGAUAUUCAAGCUCAAAUAUUUAUUCCAACACCUCCAAAUGCAAGGAAAGUUGUUGUUGCAACAAAUAUUGCAGAAACAUCACUUACAGUUGAUGGAAUUGUUUAUGUUAUUGAUUCUGGGUAUUGUAAAAUUAAUGAAUAUAAUUCUAGAACUGGAAUGGAAAGUUUAAAAAUUGUUCCAAUUAGUAAAGCAUCUGCAGACCAAAGAGCUGGAAGAGCUGGUCGUGUAUCUCCUGGGAAGUGUUAUAGACUUUAUACUAAAGAUGCCUUUACUAAAGAAUUACCAGAAUCAACACCACCAGAAAUUAUUCGAUCUAAUCUUUCAUCUGUAAUUUUAUUAUUAAAAACACUUGGAAUUGAUGAUAUUCUUCACUUUGAUUUUAUGGAUUCUCCAAGUCCUGAAUCAUUAAUGAGAGCUCUUGAAGAAUUAUAUGCAUUAGGUGCUUUCAACCAAAAGGGAGAAUUAACUCAAAGAGGGCAAAAAAUGGCAGAAUUUCCUAUAGCACCAACAUUAGCAAGAGUACUUAUUGGAUCUGAACAAUAUCAAUGUUCUGAAGAAAUUGCAACAAUUUGUGCAAUGUUACAAAUAUCAGGAGAAUUGUUUUAUAGACCAAAAGAAAAAGCCCAAAUAGCAGAUACAAUUAAAAAGGGUUUUGUUAGACCUGAAGGAGACCAUCUUACUCUUUUAGGUGUUUAUAAUUCAUGGGUUGAUGCUGGAAAAUCAGAUGGAUGGUGUAGAGACAAUUUUCUUCAAGCACGAGCAUUAAAUAAAGCAAAUGAUAUUAGAGACCAAUUAGUUAGUAUAAUGGAACGAGUUGAUAUUCAAAUGUUCAAAUCAAAAGAUAACGUGUCAAUACUUAAAGCACUGUUAAGUGGGUAUUUCCUUAAUACAGCUCAAUUAACUAAAGAAGGAAUUUAUCGUCAAAUAAAACAAAAUAGAACAAUAGAAAUUCAUCCUAGUUCAAGUAUGUUUAAUAAAAAUCCUCGUUGGAUUUUAUUUUAUGAAUUAGUUCUAACAACAAAAGAAUAUGUUCGUCAAGUUUCUGAAAUUGAUCCAUCAUGGCUCGUAGAAGUUGCUCCUCAUGUAUUUAAAGAAGAAGAUAUGAAAGAUGCAAUUCGUAAAUACCGUAGUAAAAAAAAAUAA